AUGACCUCCGAAACAAGUCCAUCACAGACCAUUGAGCAGACCUCCGCGGCUGCGCCUCAGCCUCAGGAGAAGCUCUUUGGGAGAAAAUUUUAUGAAAGCAUUGGCAGCCCAAAAUAUGUUGUUGCCCCCAUGGUCGAUAGAUCCGAAUUCGCGUGGCGCAUGCUCACUCGAUCCUUCAUGCCACCAGACGAUCCGAAACCUUUGCUCGCAUACACUCCAAUGUUCCACGCACGGCUCUUUAGCGAACAAGAGAACGUUCGCGCCAAACACUUCCAACCUACCCGCAAAACCAUCGGAGAGAGCAAAGAUGAAUUCUAUCUUGAUGGAAAUCCCGCCAUUGACAGGCCACUUUUCGUUCAGUUCUGCACAAAUAACCCAGAUGAGUUCUUGGAGGCUGCCCGUCAUGUGGUACCUUACUGCGAUGCGGUGGAUCUGAACCUUGGCUGCCCGCAGGGCAUCGCGAAAAAGGGACACUACGGAGCUUUCCUCCAAGAAGACUGGGACUUGAUCUAUAAGCUUGUGCAUCGAUUGCAUACUGAGCUCCCGAUACCUGUCACGGUGAAGUUCCGUAUCCAGGAGACCAAGGAGAAGACCUUGGAGUACGCUAAAAUGAUUCUCUCCGCCGGUGCCAGCAUCAUCACUGUGCAUGGACGCAGAAGGGAACAGAAAGGUCACAACACUGGAGUAGCAGAUUGGAGCUAUAUCCGCUAUUUACGAGAUAAUCUACCUCCGGAUACGGUGAUUUUUGCCAAUGGAAACAUUCUUAACUACGGCGAUAUCGAAACCUGCCUCGAGGCCACGGGGGCCGAUGCCGUUAUGAGCGCAGAAGGAAAUUUAUCAGACCCGUCCGUAUUCAGCAAGCCGCCUCCAGUCGGCACGGAGGGGAGAGAAUACUGGCGCGGGCGAGAUGGAAAAGGCGGUUACCGAGUCGACGCCGUCCUGCGACGAUACCUUGAUAUCAUCUAUAAAUAUGUCCUCGAACAACCCGUUCCGGAAAGGAAGCCACUCUAUCUUCCAUCCGACCCAGUUGAUGAGUUUGCCGAAACCAAUAAUGCCGAAGAUCACGGCCACGAGGAUGGCCCACUUAAAAAAAAGCAGAAGCGAAGUAAGGCCGAGAAGGGCAAGAAGUCACACUCUCCAAACCUUGGUUACAUGCAGGGUCACCUUUUCCAAAUCUUGCGGCCAAUGGUUGCAACUCAUACCAACGUUCGAGAUGCACUUGCUACAUCUAAACCAGGCGAUAUGGCCGCUUUUGAGCAUACCUUGGUUCUCCUUGAGGAGGCCAUCAAAGUUGGACUUCAAGAGUAUGAGGCCUCUCCCGAGAAAUUUGAAACGAAACCCGAUGAGACUUUGAAGGGAUCUAAAGCAGUGAUUGCGGAAUAUGGAAGACCUUGGUGGAUUUGCCAGCCUUAUGUUCGUCCUCUCCCCGAAGAGGCAUUUGAAAGUGGCGCUAUGCGGGAAAAGGGCACCAAGCCUCCCGCAAAAAUCGAAGGUGAGGAGAAGAUUAAGCCUAGGGAGACUGAAACUUCUUCUGAGGGCACUCUCACGCCAGGUGAUGGUGGUGCCAUCACUGCCACCAACAUCACACCCGAUCCUCUUGUGAGUGGAUAG